GCGAAAAUAAUUCAAGAAUCAACAUCCAGAGUUUUGUACAUCGAUCGAUCGAUCGAUCAAUCGUUCUUUAGACGUUGGCCGGCACAUACGAAUGGGAACAAGAAAAAAAAAAUUGCCAUAAACUGGAAAAACGCACAAAACUCUCGAACAACAUUAAACGAAUGGAAGGCAAACAGUCAUAGUGUGGUAGGUAGAUAGGUCGCCUAUGCGUCUCUCAUUCGGCCAAGAGGUUUUGUUAUUUAUUUUUGUUUUGUUUUCUUAAGUUUUUGUUAUGAGAGCGUUUGAAUUCUCGUCGCAGUUUACUUUUUAAACCUUAAUUCGCUUCGUUGUCGUCGUUACCGCUGACGCCGCCGACGUCUUACUCUUUGAUUAACACUCGAUUUGAAUUUGUGUGUGCGUGAUUCUGUUUUAAUUCGAUUUUGUUGUAUUAAAGACAGGAGGAGGAAACUGAACAAAAAAUGUGAAUUUCUUUCUGCUUAGAAACUGAAUGACAGUGGACGGAGGGAGACACAGUAGCAAAGUCUAAAGAAAGCGUAACAAAGUUUAAGAAAAAAAAAACACGAUACCAAAAAUUUGCUACAAAACAAAUAGAGCAGGCUAAAACCAAAGAAAGCUCAUCAAACAUAAAGACUUUAAUAUAUACACAGACUUACUGGAAGAGGGCAAAGCCUCCCAAUUCCCCCACUCAGAUGAGGAAAUAAUGAUUUUGUAAAUCAAGUGCAAUGCUGUAUGCUGUUAAUCUAGAAAUACAAUACAGAAUCAAAACAACAACGUUGCAGCAACAAAACUAAAACAAAAUAGUCUAACAAAGCAGAUCUAAGGUUACAUGCUCACACGUAGCAGAUCAGCAGAACUGAAACGCAGUCGCCAAACAAAAAGCCAAGCAAAAAUCUAAACGAGCUGCAAACGGUAGCCCCAUUGCUGUGAGUAGUCAGGCAACAUUAUCUAUCCAGCCACAGCAUCCCGCAGCCCCACACGGAAACACCGACUGGCAGAUAGAUAGACCGAAAGACAAACAGCCAGACAACAAACAACAGGCCUCUCUCAGAACAACACCUAAACCCCUUGGCAAACGACAGAGAUCAGUUCAGUUGUGAAGGCAAAAAAAAACAAUCCACAUUUCCACAACAAACCGCUGAGUGGCCGCCUGGCUGUUUUGGACAAGCAUUUGCAACUGAAGCAACUGCAUCAUCAAACAGUCUUCACACAUGCCUUCGCCACCGUCCACGCCACGUUUACGCAAAACUCCACCACUGUUUCCGCCAACCCCGAAACUAGCCCGUGCCAAACUAAAAUCUUCAUCCUUAGAUCAUGAGAUAUUCCUAACCAAAACCACCAGCCGGCCUAAACAUCAUCUUAGACAAUUGCAGAGCAGCACUUCGGUAGAAUGGCAACAAUUACAAUCCUCCCUUACCAUACCACGCACCGGAUCGACUUCCUCAUUGGCCAGCAGUACAUUUCAAUAUCCAUUGACAGUGAAUAAUUAUCAUGAUUUCAAAAACGACAUCAUCAAUCAGGGAAAAUGUCUUUGUGGACAAUACAUACGGGCUAGACUGAGACGAGCAGGAGUUUUAAAUCGCAAGGCCAUACAAAGAAUGCGCAGCAUAUUGGAGCCAUCCUCUGAAUUGGUUUACGAAGUCUUUCCAGCCUUAAAUAGUAUGGGCGAAGAGCUGGAACGCAUGCAUCCUCGAAUUUACACAAAUGUCUCGCGCCAAUUAUCCCGCACGCCAUACGGUGAGUUGGUGGACAGUGAUACAGCUCCUAUGCUGCUAAAUCUGGUGGCCAAACAACUCUUCUCGCGAAGUACAGCGGAAAGGGAACGCAUCACAUGGGCCAAAAUUAUUUCAGUAUUUGCCGUAUGCGGUGGUUUUGCCAUCGAUUGUGUGCGUCAGGGUCACUACGAUUAUCUGCAAUGCCUGGUGGAUGGUGUGGGCGAAAUAAUCGAAGACGAUUUGGUCCAUUGGCUGGUGGAGCGUGGCGGUUGGUUGGGCCUGCAACAGCAUAUAAAACCCAAAGGGUCACAAACAUUCUCUUUUCUCGAUUGGUUAACUCUCUUCGUAGCGAUCUCAUCUGGUUUUUAUGCCGUAACGAAUUUUGUUAAACAAAUUGGUUGCAGAGUCUAUUCGUUAAUAUUUUAGCUUUGAUAAAAACCAAGUUAUUUCUACUUUUUAUAUUAAAAUAUUUAAGUCAAAAUUGUUAAAUAAUUGUAUUAAGUAGAAAAAAAAUUAAACAAAAUUCCUUAGUCA